UGGGCCUUUCCCAGAAAUAAAUUCUUGGUAGGAGGUAUAAAAGAUCAGUUCCUCCAAGCAGAGCAACUCACCUUGUUGCCAUAGGAGGCCAAGGCACUUGGCAGCCAUGCGGAUCCUUCUCCAUCUUCCAGCCCUCCUGGCUUUCCUCACCUUGCUCUGUGCUGCAGCGUCUGCCACAAGUGCACAGGCCACAAGGACCGCUGCCUUCUCUGAUAUUGUGAAUCAAGUUAAGGUCCAAGUCAACAAGGCCUUCCUGGAUUCCCGGACCAGGCUGAAGACCGCCUUGAACUCUGAGGCACCUAGUCCCCGAGAGUUGUCAGAGUACUUCAAGCAUGCCAAAGGCCGGACUCGCACAGCCAUCCGCAAUGGGCAGGUGUGGGAGGAGUCCUUAAAGAGACUGAGGCAGAAAGCGAUCCUGACCAAUGUCACAGACCCCAGCCUGGACUUGACUGCCCUCUCUUGGGAGGUGGGCUGUGGUGCCUCUGUUCCUGUGGUGAAGUGUGACUACAACAGCCCGUACCGCACCAUUACGGGAGACUGUAACAACAGGAGGAACCCCGUGCUGGGCGCCGCCAACAGAGCGCUGGCGCGCUGGCUGCCGGCAGAGUACGAGGAUGGGCUCUCCCUGCCCUUCGGGUGGACAGCGGGGAAGACGCGGAACGGCUUCCCAAUCCCGCUGGCCCGUGAGGUAUCCAACCAGAUUGCAAGUUACCUGAAUGAGGAGGGUGUUCUGGACCCAAACAGGUCCCUGCUUUUCAUGCAGUGGGGUCAAGUUGUGGACCAUGACCUGGACUUUGCCCCCGACACUGAGCUCGGGAGCAGUGAGUACUCCAAAGCACAGUGUGACAAGUACUGUAUCCAGGAAGAUAACUGCUUCCCCAUCAUGCUCCCACCCAGUGACCCCAAGGUGAAGACUCAAGGGAAAUGCAUGCCUUUCUUCCGAGCCGGGUUUGUCUGUUCCCCUCUACCUGACCAGUCCUUGGCCCGAGAGCAGAUCAACGCUCUGACCUCCUUCCUGGACGCCAGCUUCGUGUACGGCCCCGAGCCCGACCUGGCUAGCCGCCUCCGCAACCUCAGCAGCCCCCUGGGCCUCAUGGCCAUCAACCAGGAGGACAGAGACCAUGGGCUGGCCUACCUGCCCUUUGACAACAAGAAGCCGAGCCCCUGUGAGUUCAUCAACACCACUGCCCGUGUGCCCUGCUUCCUGGCAGGAGAUUCCCGAGCCUCGGAGCAUAUCCUGCUGGCCACUUCCCACACUCUCUUUCUCCGUGAGCACAACCGGCUGGCUGGAGAACUGAAGAGACUCAACCCUCAGUGGGAUGGAGAGAAGCUCUACCAGGAAGUCCGGAAAAUCCUGGGAGCCCUCGUGCAGAUUAUCACCUUUAGGGACUACCUACCCAUCGUGCUAGGUGUCGAGAUGCAGAAGUGGGUCCCUCCAUACCGAGGCUACAACGAGUCUGUGGACCCCCGAAUUUCCAAUGUCUUCACCUUUGCCUUACGCUUUGGCCACUUGGAGGUCCCCUCUACUAUGUCCCGCCUGGAUGAGAACUAUCAGCCAUGGGGUCCAGAACCAGAGCUCCCUCUGCACACCCUCUUCUUCAAUACCUGGAGGAUGGUCAAAGAUGGUGGAAUUGACCCUCUGGUGCGGGGCCUACUGGCCAAGAAGUCCAAGUCGAUGAAUCAGAAUAAAAUGAUGACAGGAGAGCUGCGCAACAAGCUUUUCCAGCCCACUCACAAGAUCCAUGGCUUUGACCUGGCUGCCAUCAACAUACAGCGUUGCCGAGACCAUGGGAUGCCUGGGUACAACUCCUGGAGAGGCUUCUGUGACCUGUCACAGCCCCAGACACUGGCAGAGCUGGAUGCCGUGCUGAAGAACAAGUUGCUAGCGAAGAAGUUACUGGAUCUCUACGGGACCCCUGACAACAUUGACAUCUGGAUUGGGGGCAUUGCCGAGCCGCUGGUAGAAGGGGGCCGGGUGGGGCCUCUCCUGGCCUGCAUCCUGGGCAAGCAGUUCCAGCAGAUUCGUGAUGGAGACAGGUUCUGGUGGGAGAACCCUGGGGUCUUCACUGAGAAGCAGCGGGACUCUCUACAGAAAAUAUCCUUCUCACGCCUUGUCUGUGACAACACUCACAUCACCAAAGUCCCACUGAAUCCAUUCCAAGCCAACAGCUACCCCCGAGGCUUUGUGGAUUGCUCAGCCAUUGAUAAGCUAGACCUCUCACCCUGGGCCUCAGUGGAGAAUUAGGUGCCGCCCACACUGUGCAGUAAAGCACAGUUUGGUCCAUGAUGCCAUUUCAAGCAAUUUUAGUGAUCCAGUUCCUGAGACCUGUUUCAGCCCUUCUUUUCAGACAGAUCUCGCUGCACUUGCCAGAUGCAUACCUCUCACAAGCCCAAGGCCAACACCUCAACCUUUCCAGCUCUUCCACU